UCUGAAAGAGAGAAAAAAAAAAAAAACCUAAAUAAAUAAAAACACGCAGCGAUAUCCACGCUGCUCCAUCUCUCUCUCGCCAGAUUUCAAUCGUCGACUCGAUUCUCAGAUUUCAGAUCCAAAUCCAAAAAAUAAAAAAAAAUUCAACAUGUCUACCUUCAGCGGCGAUGAAACAGCUCCUUUCUUCGGCUUCCUCGGCGCUGCAGCCGCACUCGUCUUCUCCUGUAUGGGAGCUGCUUAUGGAACGGCAAAGAGUGGUGUUGGUGUGGCGUCUAUGGGAGUGAUGAGGCCAGAGUUGGUCAUGAAGUCCAUUGUCCCUGUGGUUAUGGCUGGUGUCUUGGGUAUUUACGGUUUGAUUAUUGCUGUUAUCAUCAGUACCGGUAUUAACCCCAAGGCUAAGUCUUACUACCUCUUCGAUGGAUACGCUCACCUCUCCUCUGGUCUUGCUUGUGGUCUUGCUGGUCUUUCCGCUGGAAUGGCCAUUGGGAUCGUCGGUGAUGCCGGUGUCAGGGCAAAUGCUCAGCAGCCUAAGCUCUUUGUUGGGAUGAUUCUUAUCCUCAUCUUCGCAGAAGCGCUUGCUCUUUACGGGCUUAUUGUAGGAAUCAUCCUCUCCUCUAGAGCUGGCCAGUCUAGAGCUGAAUGAGAAUGUGACCCACAAGAUUUGCUAUCGUUCUGAGAAUGUGAGAAUGUUACUUCCUUUUCGUUCUGUGUGCGUUUUUUGUUCUUUCCUUCUUUAGUAUUUAUCAUCGGCAAACCUUCAGAUUUACUGGAUUCUUGAAACUUUGUUCCGGAAACAAACCCACCUAUUCGUCGUCCCCUUUUCUCUUUCGGUGGUUUGCUUUCGGGUUUGUAGGGGUUCUCUUAUCGUUCGGUUCUGUAAUAAAGAGCUCUCAGGAGCUUGGUAUGUUUCUGUA